GCGGCCCGGCGCGUCUCGCUCGCAAGCCCCCGGUCGGUCGCGCAUUCUCCGCGAUCCGAGCCGCCGCCGCCGCCGCCGCCGCCGCCGCCGCCGCCGGCCCGACUCGGACGCGUGGCCGCGGAGGCUCCUUGGGCGGGAACUUCCAUCCGCCUGCCUUACAGACGAGACAUCCCCACCAGCCAGGAUGGGCGAGUUCGGCGAGAAGACCACGACAUGUGGCACCAUCUGCCUCAAGUACCUGCUCUUCACCUUCAACUGCUGCUUCUGGCUGGCUGGUCUGGCCGUCAUGGCCGUGGGCAUCUGGACACUGGCCCUCAAGAGCGACUACAUCAGCCUGCUGGCCUCGGGCACCUACCUGGCCACAGCCUACAUCCUGGUGGUGGCGGGCGUUGUCGUCAUGGUGACUGGGGUUCUGGGCUGCUGCGCCACCUUCAAGGAGCGGAGGGACCUGCUGCGUCUGUACUUCAUCCUGCUCCUCAUCAUCUUUCUGCUGGAGAUCAUUGCGGGAGUCCUGGCCUAUGUCUACUACCAGCAGCUGAACGCAGAGCUCAAGGAGAACCUGAAGGACACCAUGACCAAGCGGUACCAUCAGCUGGGCCACGAGGGCGUGACCAGCGCUGUGGACAAGCUGCAGCAGGAGUUCCACUGCUGUGGCAGCAACAACUCGCAGGACUGGCGGGACAGUGAGUGGAUCCGCUCGGGCGAGGCAGGCGGCCGCGUGGUCCCUGACAGCUGCUGCAAGACCGUGGUGGCCGGCUGCGGGCAACGCGACCACGCCUCCAACAUCUACAAGGUGGAGGGCGGCUGCAUCACCAAGCUGGAGACCUUCAUCCAGGAGCACCUGAGGAUCAUCGGGGCCGUGGGCCUCGGCAUCGCCUGCGUGCAGGUGUUCGGCAUGAUCUUCACGUGCUGCCUGUACAAGAGCCUGAAGCUGGAGCACUACUGACCCUGCCCGCGGGCCGGCCCUCCGUGUGCGCUGCAGCUUCUCGCGUGCGCUGACUACUGACGGCCAGGGAGCUACGGUCCAGGACGUGGCUCCGCCCCUCGCCUGCCAGGGUCUCCCCCUGGUGUUCUCGUGGCUGGGCCCCCCACCCGCACCGUGCCAUCACCGUGACCUCUGGGGACCCCCAAAUCCCGGAGGCAGCUUCAAGUGCCUUUAGCUGCACACCAAAGUCCCAAGGCCUGGGGUCGGCCCCGCCUGUCUGCCUGUCUGCUGGGCUGGGUGGGUGCGGGCCGGGGUCGUGGCCUCGGGUUGCUCCCUGAGGCCUGGGUUCGGUCAGAGGGGCCGAGAUGGGCAGAAAUGGGCUGGCCCAGCGGGGAGCCCCGUGUGCCUGUCCCCAGGCCCCUCAGGUACUGGGGGCUUCUCCUCAAGCAAGCCACCUCCAGCCCCUGGGGAAAACCAAGCAAGAGUUCUCCCGGGCCAAGCCUCUGCUGCUCCCCCUGCUGUGUUCUCGCUGCUCUCACCACCAUCUAAAGGCCUCGUAUCACUAGUUCACUGUUGCCACCUCUUCCCCGGAGGCAGGCGUCCUGCGCGUUUUAUUCACUGCCGCCUGACGAUGCCUAGGACUGCUCCUGCUGUGUGGUAGGUGCCCAAUAAACGUCUGUGGAACGGA